AUGACGUCUGGGCUCAUGUCAACUGCUGUCAAGUGUACCACGGCCCUAAGCCUUCCAGUCAUAGUGAACCUGACUGAUGGGAGUGGGCAGCCCUGCACUGUGCUGCUCAGUGACAAACACACUGGUCCUGUCCUCAUGCCCUAUAUGAACCGGCCCAUCCAGGUGAAGCCAGCCGACAGCGAAGGACGAGGAGAAGACAGGAAGCUGUUUGUGGGGAUGCUUGGGAAGCAGCAGAGCGAGGAGGACGUCCGGCGGCUCUUUGAGACCUUCGGCCAGAUCGAGGAGUGCACCGUCCUGAGAGGGCCUGAUGGGGCCAGUAAGGGCUGUGCCUUUGUCAAGUUCUCCAGCCACGCAGAAGCACAGGCGGCCAUCAACAGCCUGCACGGCGGACAGACCAUGCCAGGGGCGUCCUCCAGCCUGGUGGUGAAGUUUGCCGACACGGAUAAGGAGCGGACCCUGCGUAGGAUGCAUCAGAUGGCGGGCCAGCUCGGCAUCUUCAGCCCCAUGACCAUCCAGUUUGGGGCCUAUGGCGCCUACUCUCACGCUCAGAUGAUGCAACAGCAAGCAGCGCUAAUGGCGGCGACCCAGAACUCGUAUCUGAACCCCAUGGCAGCCAUCGCUGCGGCACAAAUGCAGCAAAUGGCAGCUUUCAACGUCAAUGGUCUGGUGGCUGCCCCGAUGACACCCUCCUCAGGCACCAGCACGCCGCCGGGUAUCAAUGCCACGGCCGUGCCCAGCCUAGCAACACCCAUGGGGGUCAACGGGUUCGCAUCCCUCCCGCCCCAGACCAACGGUCAGCCUACCAACGAGCCAAUCUACACCAAUGGGAUCCACCCCUACCCAGCACAGAGUCCUACAGUGACUGACCCUCUCCAGCAGGCUUACGCCGGUGUGCAGCACUACGCAGCAGCCUACCCUGCCGCCUAUGCACCAAUCAGUCAAGCGUUUCCCCAGCAACCCACCAUCAUCCCCCAGCAACAGAGAGAAGGGCCGGAAGGCUGCAACCUGUUUAUUUACCAUCUGCCCCAGGAGUUUGGAGACGCAGAAUUAAUGCAAAUGUUCCUCCCUUUCGGCAACGUCAUCUCCGCCAAAGUCUUCGUGGACCGGGCGACCAAUCAAAGCAAGUGUUUUGGCUUUGUGAGCUUCGAUAACCCAUCCAGUGCCCAGGCGGCUAUCCAGGCCAUGAAUGGUUUUCAGAUAGGCAUGAAGCGGCUGAAGGUGCAGCUGAAGCGGCCAAAGGAUGCCAACCGACCUUACUGACCCCUUUGCCGUCCACAUCCAGGAUGAAGGGCCACAACACCUUAUUUCCACAAGUGCAGUAUAAAGUACAAAGACUUCUUGCUCUGCUACAUAUCAUGAAAGAAGGGUGGUCCCUUGAUUCUGCUGGA